AUGCUGGGUAGCAGAGCUAUGAUGCUGCUGCUGCUGCUGCUGCCACCCUGGGCUGCUCGGGGUCGGGCUGUGCCUGAAGGCAGCGGCCCCUCUUGGGCUCGAUGUCAGCAGCUCUCACAGAAGCUCUGCACGCUGGCCUGGAGUGCACAUCCAGCUAUGGGACAUGUGGAUCUUCCAAGAGAAGCAGAAGAGGGAGAUGAUGAGACUACAAAUGAUGUGCCCCAUAUUCAGUGUGAGGAUGGCUGUGAUCCCCAAGGACUCAGGGACAACAGUCAGUCCUGCUUGCAAAGGAUCCACCAGGGCCUGGUUUUUUACGAGAAGCUGCUGGGUUCAGACAUUUUCACAGGGGAGCCUUCUCUACGCCCCGAUGGCCCAGUGAGCCAGCUGCAUGCCUCCUUACUGGGUCUCAGGCAACUUUUGCAGCCUGAGGGACACCACUGGGAGACCGAGCAGAGUCCAAGCCCCAGUCCCAGCCAACCAUGGCAGCGUCUCCUGCUCCGCCCCAAGAUCCUUCGCAGCCUCCAAGCCUUUAUGGCUGUAGCUGCCCGGGUCUUUGCCCAUGGAGCUGUGACUCUGAGCCCCUAA